UUUUUGGUGGCAGUUCGCAACGAGCGGCAACAAGCAACAUCCCCACGGAUCGCUCGUGAGAAGGCCACGUGUCGCACGAUCGAUCUUCCCCACGCCAACGACGCCCGCUAGCACGGACUUUUCUCGCGCGAAAGCACGUUCGCCGAUCGCCGGUUCGCGAUCACGGCAGUCCUUCGCCAGUCGAGCAAACGAACGGUCGCAUUGUGUGUGUGGCACGUAAUCCUCGUGGGAAAUCCUUCGACAAUUGUCGUUCGAUCGCGUUCAUCGACAUUCGCGCGGUUUGCAAACGCAAGUGACUCGUAUUCGCGAGUGUGAAUCCGCCAAGCCGGUCGCGAAACAACUGUGGGAUAUCCCUGUGUUCACCUCCUGGUCCGUUCCGUCAUGCUGCCGUUGUCGUUUCCAGUGUUUUCCGUGUUGCUGUUUGUGCUGCUAAUCGGCGGUCCACCCGGCAACGGUGUCCAUGGACACCGGUUCGGCUACUCGAAACCGGAUCAGCGCCGUUGGUCCAAGGCACACCAGAGCUGUGCCGGCAAGCACCAGUCGCCGAUCGCGAUCAGCAGCCACCGGGCGGAUUCGAUCUACAUGCCGGCGAUCGAACUGGUCGGUUACAACAACUUGCUCCCGGGACCGAUCACCGUACACAACAAUGGCCAUUCCGUGUCCCUCGCGAUUCCGAAAACGGACCCCACGAAGGGCAAGCAUCCGUACAUCUUCGGUGGUAAGCUGCAGAACGAGUACGAACUGGAAGGGUUGCACUUUCACUGGGGCGAUAAAAACAGUCGUGGGGCGGAACAUGUCCUUAACGAUGUCAGAUACCCGCUCGAGAUGCACAUCAUCCAUCGGAAUCGAAAGUACAAAAGUGUCGCCGAAGCACUCGGCUAUUCCGACGGUCUUACGGUGCUGGGCUUUUUCUACCAGGUGACCGAGAAGGAUGAGCCCGGCAUUAACACGUUGGUACGCUCGUUUGGGCACAUCAUCGACUACGAUCAGACGAUUCAGCUCAAUCACACCUUCACGCUGCAAUCCCUCAUCGAAGGCAUCGACCUGACGCGGUUCUACACGUACAAGGGCUCGCUGACGACGCCGCCCUGCUCCGAAGCCGUCACGUGGGUCCUUUUUCCCGAUCUGCUCGAGCUUUCCGUUAACCAGAUGAAACGGUUUCGCACGCUUGACACCGGCGUACAUGGGUCACCGAUGGUUGACAACUAUCGAGCGCUCCAACCGAUCGGGAAUCGGCGCAUUUUCGUGCGCAAGAUAAACCCUCGCUUUACUUCGCUGGACGUUUUUGAGGACGCGCUGCACCAUAGCAAGUGGGACUGGGUGUACUAGGACGUGGUGCGAUGUCACGUCUUUUCUAAUAGAUACCCACUAAUCGAUUACAAUGUGCCAUCGUCCGGACAGUG